AAAAAAAAAAAAAAAUGGCUUUAUCUUUCAGAGGAAACCCAACAAAUUCGAAGCUUUGAACAUGAAAAAGGCGGUGGCAUCGAUGGCGUCUCGGGCAAGCAGAAUCAAGUCGAAGCUCCAGUCUGCGCUGGACGCGACCGCCGUGGAAGUGGAAGACGUCUCGUACCAGCACGCGGGCCAUGCCGCCAUGAGAGGCAACCCUAACGGCGAGACUCACUUCAACGUCAAGGUCGUCUCCGUCAAGUUCGACGGCCAAAGCCUGGUUAAGCGCCACCGCAUGGUCUACGAUCUCCUUGCGGACGAGCUCCGCUCUGGCCUCCACGCCCUCUCUAUCGUCGCCAAGACUCCUGUUGAAGAUUCCGGUAGCCGAUAGGUCGAUUUCCUACCCCCUUUCUGUUACUGAUGACUCGGAACUCAAAAUUGAUAAAUCCUAUUAUGGCCCCUCUGAACUGUGUGAUUUCUGGAUUCUAAUUUAAUGUUGCUUUAGCAUGCUUUUCCUUCUCAA